GACAACACAGUCAGAUAUUCUAACAGUAAGCUUUCUAUAAAUAUCGUCAUGUCACAAUUUGAUGCCAAUAUUUACGCUCAUGAAAGCGUCGAGCCCAGGCAGUCAGCGUAGUGCCGUCCGUAGACUCUAUGUGUGAAAUGUGUUAUAUAAAUUUUCCAUGACAUUAAUACGACUUUUUGUCCCUAAAGUUUUAUAAAUUUAGUGAUUUUUUGCGGCUAUUUUAAGUGAAGAAGGAAUAUCCAGUUAACCGUAACUGAAAUUGAAAUAUUAUUGUUUGGGAAGGAAAUGAAGAAAAGGCGAUGGGUGGUGUAUUAAAGCAGUCACUAAGUGGUAACAUACACAGAAUUCGUGAAUUUGAACUGGAAAAGGUAAACUUAGCAGACGAAUUCGACAUCUUGCAAAUUGUGGGUGAGGGAUGGUUCGGCAAAAUCCUCCUGGUAGAGCAUAAAGCCACUGAUACCGAAAUGGUUUUGAAGGCACUGCCAAAACCAUACACGGCUUUAAAAGACUUUUAUAGGGAAUUCCAUUAUGGACUUCAUUUGGGCGUGCACAAAAAUAUUAUUACCGCCUACGAUGUGGCAUUUGAAACAGCGGGGUUUUAUGUGUUUUCUCAGGAAUAUGCUCCUUUAGGUGAUCUGACAUCUAACGUAUCAGAAACGGGAAUAGGUGAACUGCAUACAAAACGAGUUGCAAAGCAACUUUCUUCCGCUUUGGAUCACAUGCAUGCGCGGGACCUGGUCCAUCGUGAUGUGAAAUUAGACAAUAUUUUAGUGUUUAAAUCAGACUUUUCUAGAAUUAAAUUAUGUGAUUUUGGUGAAACUCGAAGAGCUGGAUCUAUAGUGUUAAGGAGGAAUGAAUGGUUGCCUUACGCUGCCCCAGAAAUUCUCCAAAUACCGACUGAUGGAAGUUAUAUGGCAACUACUUCCAACGAUGUUUGGCAAUUCGGAAUCGUUAUAUUUGUAUGCCUAACGGGAUGUCUUCCUUGGCAAAAGGCAGCAACAGAUGAUCCGCGAUACACCUGCUAUUUGUCGUGGCAAAGUACAACCAUACCUAUAAAAAGACAACCUAAAUUAUUUAAACUAUUAACCUCGAAAGCUCAACGUUUCUUUAAGAAAUAUUUAGAACCGAAACCGGAAAAACGGCCGGCAGGACUUGCGGAAAUAUAUCGAUAUAUCGAAGACAGAUGGUUGUCCAAAGGUAUGGAAAAAACCAACGAAGAAAGUAAAGAAGACGAAGGACUUUGUCCGUCAAUGUAUAGUUUUCAUAGCAGCCCGGAGGAGAAAAGUAAACUCUUAGAUUCUCUGGCUCAAUAUGGACUGGAAACAACGGUGGAUCGGGUUGCAAAAAAAGAUAGGAUUAGACAAUGGAUACAAAAUAGUAUAAUUGAUGAGGGUGACGAAAAUGAAGAAGAAUUGGAUGAAGAGGGUAUUAGAAUUCGUGAUAAUCAAAAUGGGCCGAUUGGUGAAAGAAUCAACAGUCGGGGACCGAUAUCGAAUUCUAAUUUAAAAAGAAAAGAUGCUCCGGAAAAUGGAAAGAGAUCACGAAGAGCUACAGUAAUUAGGAAAGAUGAAGGACCCUAUGUUCCACCGAUAGAUCCAAGAAUUCCAUUUAUAGAACAGAAAAAGAGAAGCCACAUAAAGAAGACAUCUUUGUUUCAUAAAAAUGGUGAUGUUAAGAAUACGAAUCGAUCGGAUAUUGUCACUACAUAUAAUAUACAAAAGUCCCUACCAUUCCAAAACAUGCGAAUAUCUAAUUCACUUGGUACUUCGGAAAGCACCCUCAGCAGUGACAGCAUCAAUACGGUUAGACACAACAUUCAUAUACAGAUUCCACAAGCCAGUGCUGUAAAUAAUAAUUACUUAAACAAAUUCACAAGCAAAAAAUAGUUAAAUUUUUGAUUUAUCUGGAACUAUAUUGGCGGAAGUCCGCUUGGAGGAAAGGAUGGAGGGAAGUAUGAAAGUUAGUUGUAAAGCAGUUGCGUUUGAGCAACAAGGAAAUUGUGAUAUAAUUUAUAAUGUUCUAUUUAUUAAUAAAGUUCUUUUAAUUAGAUUCAAAU